AUGCCCGGCGAGGAGGAGGAGCGGGCCUUCCUGGCCGCCCGCGAGGAGCUGGCCGCCGCCUUGAGGAAGGACUCCGGGCAGACGUUUUCCGUGGAGCAGCUCUGGCCGCUGCUCGCCACCCCUCUGCCGCCCUCCGCCCGCUACCAGCAGCUGGACGCCGCGCGCCUGGUCCGCUGCAAUGCCCGCGGGCCGCCCCAAACCUACCUCAUCACCCUUUCCACGGCCCUGAACAUCCUAGAGAAAUACGGCCGCAACCUCCUCAGCCCUCAGAGGCCACGGUAUUGGCGCGGGGUCAAGUUUAAUAACCCGGUCUUUCGGAGUACGGUGGAUGCUGUGCAGGGGGGCCGGGAUGUCCUGCGAUUGUAUGGCUACACCGAGGAGCAGCCGGAUGGGUUAAGCUUCCCUCAGGGGCAAGAAGAUCCAGAUGAGCACCAGGUAGCUACAGUCACACUGGAAGUCCUGUUACUUCGGACGGAGCUCAGUAUGCUGUUACAGAAAACUCAUCCAAGACAGCACGCACUGGAGCAGCUGCUGAAUGACAAGGCUGAAGAUGAUGCAAGGAAGGCAGGAAUGGGCUCUGGGACCUGGUGA